GCGGGGCGGCGGGCUGGCUCCUCAGCAGUCCGCGGCUGUGGCGGCGGCGGCGGCGGCGGCGACGGCGACGACGGCGACAUGGAGAGCGGGGCCUACGGCGCGGCCAAGGCGGGCGGCUCUUUCGACCUGCGGCGCUUUCUGACGCAGCCGCAGGUGGUGGUGCGCGCCGUGUGCUUGGUCUUCGCCUUGAUUGUGUUCUCAUGCAUCUUCGGUGAGGGCUACAGCAACACCCACAGCUCCAAACAGCAGUACUGCGUGUUCAACCUCAACGAGGACGCGUGCCGCUUCGGCAGCGCCAUCGGGGUGCUGGCCUUCCUGGCCUCGGCCUUCUUCCUCGUGGUCGACGUCUAUUUCCCCCAGAUCAGCAACGCCACUGACCGCAAGUACCUGGUCAUCAGCGACCUGCUCUUCUCAGCUCUCUGGACCUUCCUGUGGUUUGUUGGCUUCUGCUUUCUUGCCAAUCAAUGGGCAGCCACGGAGCCGAAAUAUGUUCUGGUGGGAGCCGACUCAGCCCGGGCGGCCAUCACCUUCAGCUUCUUUUCUGUCUUCUCCUGGGGCGUGCUGGCCUCCUUGGCCUACCAGCGCUACAAGGCCGGAGUGGACGACUUCAUCCAGAACUACGUGGACCCCACUCUGGACCCCAGCACGGCCUACGCCUCCUACCCAGGCGCGCCUGCGGACAGCUACCAACAGCCGCCCUUCACCCAGAACGCCGAGACCACAGAGGGCUACCAGCCGCCCCCCGUGUACUGAGCUGCAGCCGGGGAUGCCCGGCAGGCUGACCCGAGGCCUUCUUGAAGUAGCAGAGGCGGCACACGGAGUGGUACUUGUCUGCUCCUCCGAUCACCUCGACCUGGCCGUGGGACAUGAAGCGCCUGGACUGAGCGGGGACACAGCACCACCCCCUCCCCUCCACCCCUCGGAGAAGGCAGGAGGGGCCACCUCUUUCUCCACGCCCAGCCUCUUGGUGUAGGCGGCCUCUCGGAAGCACUCCAUGCACACCGCCGUCAGCUUCACCACACUCUCAGCCAGGGGCACCAGGUUCAGGAUGGUCCCGAACGCCUGUAUUCCCAUGGAGAGACUGGUGUGCGCUUACCUCACCGGGUGGGCUUUUCCUUGAAACCCUCUGAUUCGCAGCCCUGAAGCCAGGAAACUAGGCCCUGACCUUGCUUUCCCCCAGAGCACCAGCCCCUGCAGCAGGCGGCCUAGUCUGGGGCGAACCAGGGAGCUGGGUCUGGCUCGCCUGAGUGCCUGGGCUCUGGCACGGUCUGGUCAUCCAGGGCGCGGUGAGCUGUCCGUCUGUGCACAGCCCAGGCCGCUUCCUCCCUCCUGGGUCCCAUCCCGAGACCUGGACCAGACGCCUUACCUUCCUCUGGAAGGUCCCAUCCAGUGCAGCCACAAUGACGGUCUUCCCGGCAUUGGCCAUGGUCUCGCUGAACUCCACGAUGUCGGGGAACUGGAAAGGGUGAGAGGAGGAGUGAGCUUCGGCCCUGGGCAGCAGCCUCCAGGAGCCAUGAACACGUGGCCGGACCCAACAGCUCUGGCCACCCGGAUCGGCGUGGAGCGCGAGAAUAGGGUGGCCCCAGCCCCCCCACCCGGCACACAGCCUGCACGUCCGCAGCAGCCCCAGUCGCUCCACCAUCCUGCCAGCUUUCCAUGGCAGAACCAGGCCAUGGCCUGAGAACCAGCAGAGAACCACUCCAGGCCAAGCGCCCGGAACUGUCACCAGGAGAGGCAGUCUGCUACCGCAGUGGUCAAAAGCCCAGACCAGAGGCUGCCUUGGGCUUGAACCAUGGUCUUGGUUGGACCCAUUAGCUGUGACCUUGGCAAUGACUUCACGUUUCUGAGCCCAAGAAAAGGCAAGGAAGGCCCUUGGUGGUGUUUCAGGAUUAAGGACCCUCGAAUAAUUUAUGACAUAUGCUAUUU